AAGGAAAACGAGUAAGCGUCGGCAAUCUGGAGUUGCAGAUCAAAGGAAGACCUCGCGCAAAAAAGUACACUUACAUGGCCCGCUGCCCCCCACCUGCAAAGCCUUCUUCUGCCUAGAUUAGCACGGUCGUGAAACUACUACGAAUCAAAAGCGAAGCGGGGUCCAGAACGCGCUAAGGAAGAGACACGAAGGACGAAAGGCUAGCGCCACCUCGGCGGAGGUCCUUCUUGCAUUCGUGACUUCCCACAUUCACGAUUCGUGAUCGCGAUCGAAGGGCAGGAGAUUCCGGCAUCAGCGGCGGGGUUGGGGAAAAGCGGGGAAAGGAUUUGAGGGGAAAUUGCCCGGGGGCACUUACUUCCUGCUUUGCUUGAUCAUGCCGCCGUUCAAUUGUAGGGCACGAGAGCCGAGGAAGGUGGAAGAUCAGCAGCAGCAGCAGCAUGGGCAACGCGAAGAAGCUGCAGCUGCAGCAGCAGCAGCAGCAGCUCAUCGUGCUGCUGCUCCUAAUUCGGCUUUCGCUAUUUCUCCGCAAAGCGGCUCUUGCUCUUCCUUCGUGGGACCAAAGGCCACGGUGACAGCUGCUGCUGCGAGCGCGAGCCUUCUCAUCACACCAACCAAUCUCACCACAUCGCGCAGCAGUGUGAAUGUGAAUGUGGGCGCUUGCAAGUCUGCUGGGACGACUACACCCUCCUCACGACAAAGACGAUUGGCUGCGCUGACAAGCAGAGCAGAGCACUCCUCGACGCGGCGCGAUACUCUCAUCCGUAGCGACAGACGCAUCAGACGAUCCGAAGCGAGAUCCCCGCUGCAUUUCAACGCGCCAGCCCCGAGGGCAAGGCAGUCUGAGUGGCAAGUCAGGGCUGCUGCAACGGUGGGAAGAGGAAGUAGCUCUUCGCCGGCGACGACGGACGAAAGAUCAGCUCGAGCUGGUUCGCAAGCAAAUCGUCCGACCUCACCAGCCCUCGUCCUGCGGCAUUCACAUUCCGCUGCUCGUCCUGGUCUGCAUUCGCACACCAUCACAGGGCUGACUGGUCCCGCUCUGCUCUCGCGAACAGCCCCAUCCAACCAGCAGCAGCGCGCUCCAUCCUCGCACAAUCAGUCUAACCCGUCUCGACAGGUGCCGCCGUUGCUACCAUUGACUGCCGCGCCGCCUCUGGUCUCCUCGAGUGCAGCGCUCAAGCGAUCCUCCUCGCUGCUUGGUGCUCCCGCAUCUGACGCUCGUAGUCGAAAAGCAUCCAUGAAUCCAGCACCGCCAUCCCCGAUCCAUGCGCAUCCGCACGCUCAUCCCACCUACAGUCACGCGCAGCUACAACAGGGAUAUUCAAAUUCACAUUCGCGCUCGCAACCGCAUCAGCAUCCACACCCGCACCCGCAUGGAGCCUUUGCAUCGCUUGGCGCCACACCUUCCUCCGCAUCCGAUGUCGCUGCCGCAGCCGCCGCUGCCGCUGCUGCUGCCCAUCCGCACUUUGCUUUUCACCGUCCCGACUCGCGCAUAUCAGGAGCUGCGACGAGUUCGGGCGCAUAUUCUCCUCAAUGGUCCUCCUCCUCUCCACGUCCCGGGGACGGCGAGAAGCAAGCGAUGAGACAUCGCACCACUUCCAGUCCAUCUGCUCAUCGUACCGCAUCAUACUUUGUUCAGCAGUCAGCUUCGAGCCCAGGUAGCGGCAACGCUAGCACACCCAAGAUGGAAGAGGUGGCGAGCAUGACGGGAUUUGGUGGUGGCAGCAGCAGCAGCGCGACCAGCGCAGCUUUGGCCCACGACAUGUCCGGACCGUCAGGAACGACAUUGAAGCGCAAUCAGGCGUGUCUUAGCUGCAGAAAGCGCAAGAUGAAGUGCGACGCCGUUAGACCUCAAUGUGGAACUUGUCGAAGGUCGAUUGCGAGCGCGGCUAGCGGCAAUCAUCCCUGCCCCGUGCCAGACAGACCUUGCGAGUACGACGAUGUGGUCCCCACCGAGGUUGGUGGACCUAGCGUAUCCAUUCCGCUCGACGGCGAUUCCGACAUUCCUUCUGGCUCCCUCAAGCUGACGCGUCCCAAACGUCGAAGAGCAGAGACGGAUGCCGGAAAUCUGAUGAGCGAUGCGCCCAAGCAGCACCACCAGCAUCAGCAGCAGCAGCACCACCAAUCGGAGGAUGUGAUGUUGCUGCAGCGGCAGCUGAAAGAUGCCUUGGCGCGUAGUGCCAGAUUGCAAGAAGAGAUCAGAAGGAUGGCGGAAAGCAGGUCGAUGGAGUCGCACGACGUUUCCAGAUUGCCAACGCCAGAUCCGAUGAUGGAGGAAGGGGGCAGAGCGUUGGGUAGAAGAUGGGGCACAAAUACGGUGCCCAUCGAAGCUAUGCUCUCCCCCGUAGCAGGCAGCGGACCGCCUCGAAGACAGCGACUGCGGUAUCCGGAAAUGCGACCACCCAUCGAUACGCACCGAGCCGUUCAAGGUAGCGAUGCCCUUCAUCGAGCUCUAUCGCCCAUCGACGGUCCUGGACCGACAGACGAUCUGCCCAUCGUCCUUCAAAAGACGACGUUGAACGAUUCGACCGCGCAGCAACUGUGGCCGGAUCAGGACCGCGAAUUGCCAGAUGGGAGCGUGAUCACGCACCUUUGCGAAUUGUUCUUCAAGUAUCAUCCCCUGCGCCUGCUGGUGAACAAGCAAGUAUUCGAUAGGGCGCGGGAAUGGACGGCUGAAAAGCCUUGGAGACCAGCUAGCGCUCUGAUCCACGCCAUUUGCGCCGCAGCUUGCAUCUACUCGCCCUACAAUUCGGACAGGCUGGGGGAGAAGCCGCCAGAGGGCGAUCGCCGCAUCCCGUUUUUGCGUCAUCCGAGCGAACGACCAAAGAUUGAGGAAAAGGGAAGAAGCUUCAAGCAGUACCAUAUGGGACAGGCGGUGGCCAAGGUGGAGGAGAACGUGUUCAAGAACAGCGUCAACCCUACGCAGUGGAUCAAUGCGGCCAUCAUCGUGUGCUACGAGCUCUGGUCGGAUAUCCGCUUCAGCGAGGCCUUUUUCAUGAGCAGCGCCAUCACUCGUAGUCUGUGCGUGACAGGUUUGGACAAGGUGUCUGGCAGAUUGGCAGAGAAUCCUGCGGAUGGAGGGAUUCUAGCACCGGCAGAGGAUCUCGUUACGCUGCACGAACGCCGACAAACGCUGUGGUGGGCGUACAUUACCGAUCAGUGCACUAGCGGACCCUUGAGGUGCUACGAGGGCUCUUUGGAUGACAAGGCCGUCUCUACGCACAUACCCGAUGCCGCCGCUGCCGAGGCUGGCAAGAAGGAGCCCUUGACUCAGAAUCUCGGAUCGAGGGACCUAUUCUCCACGGGUCAUGUGGAUGACUUUGCGCUGCUGAUCAAGGCUUGCGUGCUCAACAAGCACGUCUUGACGUUUAAUGCUCGUCAAAAGGUCUACUUGCGCCAACCUUCGGCCAUGCCCUCCAUCAGCAAGUGGCAAUCUCGCAUCGACGAGCUCGAGUCUACAUUUGCGCCGUUCGAUGCGACGUCGGAGCAAGUGACGCCGGAGAGAAUCUAUGCGCACGCUAAUCUGCAGAUGGCCAUCAUCCACUUGUUCGAACAUCGAAUGAGCCGAGAACCGACGGUGGAUGCGGAUGGAGAGGACCGAGCUUCUGCGGACGAUGAGAGGGUGCGAAAAGCCUGCUCGAACGUGGUGAGGGUGGUGAGGGAUCUGAUUAGGUGCGAGUACGAUUUGAGGAGGCUGCACGCCCAAGUCUAUCUGGCGUGGGCCACGACGGGCAGGAUAUUGCAGUGCGAGAUCAAUCGAGCUCAAAGAACAUCCCUUGCUGGCGCCACGACGACGAUAACGACAUCGAGCAGCACGACGAAUGGUGAAGCGGCGGCGACGGCGGCGGCGGCGGGAACAGAGGCGCAGCGAAUAGCGCUGCUGGCUUUGGAGGAGGAGGCCAAGUCGGGCCUGCAAUCCAUCCUGGAAGCGCUUGCGAUCGGUGGCAAGACUUGCUACAAGGCAUCUCAUGCCGCUGGUCUGCUCACGCAAUUCGCAAAUGGAGGCCUUCCAGAGCUGGCCAUGGCGGACCUGUUGUACAUCGAUGGAGUCAUUCCUACCGAAGGCACCAUGCAAGAGACUUGAGAAUACUUGUUACUUGCUCGAGUCGAGGCUUAUCGCCCCCCCCCCCCCUCUCCUGGAUUCCCUUUCAAGAGGUCGGGAUCAUCACACGUCACUUGCUUCUUGCGUUGCGAAAUGUAACCAUUGCCAAACGUCUUCA